AUGAGGUUCCUCAUCAAGGGAAGUGUCGUGGGAGGUGCAGUGUAUCUUGUUUAUGACCAGGAGCUGUUGGGGCUUAGUUACAAGAGUGAGGUGGCCAUGUGGAAGGCUGAGGGGGUGGUGUUACCAGCAGUGUACCAGUUCAGCCAGUACCUGUGCCAGCAGUCGGGUCUGGAGAUGCUACAGCUCCCAGCCCCUCCCAAGAUUAACUUUCUGAACUGCUGUGACUCCCAGAAUGUAGGCAUUAUCUCAGUCACGGCAGCUUUGUCCAUGGUACCCUCCAAGGCCUGA